CGCGCUUUAGUAAUGGCAUGGACUGGUCAAUCCCAAGGGAGGCUUUGAUGCCAGCCAGAAUGGAGCAUCAUCUGCUUUUUCCAGUAAGGCGCCGUAUUUUCUCGUGUCUGUACAAGUAUCAUCCAAUGCGGCCUCAGUAGGCGGAAAUCCAGCCGGUUUGUUUCUCUCCCUCCUUCUCUCCCUUCUCACACUCCUCCAUUCGCUCCCAUCCCCAAAAAGGCUUUUGCUUUCGUACUCCGACGCGCGUCUCUCACGUCGUAUCUGUUGUGUUAAGCAUUAUUGCGGAGCAGGAUUCUAGGCUUCUUUAUUAAGCUUAUUCUGUUUGCAAACUUUUUCCCACUUAUCUGUUCUUUUCUUUUUGUUUCUGGUUUUGUUCCGGGUCUUGGCUGUUGUUGCUGUUUUGGACUAUACGGCGAGGAGUAUACUAUACGGCGGCGUCCGAUAAUCGUUGCCUGGAAACCCACACUAUGCGUGGCCUCGGCAAGGCGGCGACGCUCAUAUUGGCGCCAACGGCGGUGUUGGCGAGGCCUUUACCGGUGGACCCGACAUCAUCAACAGGUGCUCCUACCAGCUCUGCCUUUUCCGUCGCUGUUGCUAUUGAUUCGAGCGGUUCCAAGAAUGCCAAGACAACCGAUCAGACACUGGUCUUUAAUCUUGACAUCCAAGAAUCUUCAGAAGCUUGUAACGAAGCCAAUGUAAGAAUCGACGGAUUCCUGCUGUCUCAAGAUGACAACGGCACCGGCCAGGGGACAUUUGCCUCGCUGGACGGCCACACCGUCACUGCGAGCUGGAACUUCACUUGCAAGGAGCACGUACGACGGGUGCCCUGGGAUCAAGACUUGGCGUUGACAAUCAUGUCUUUGGACGGAGAGGCCGUUCCCGAGACGACCUUCUUCACCAGCUUUAGACAGCGAACACCUGUCAAAGUCUACGACAUUGGAGGAGAUUCCGUUGUGUACACCACCGAUGGCCAUGCGCCUACUCGAGUCGACCAAGAAAAGCUUCUGGAGAAGGUAAAGGAAAUCACGGGCCUAACGGAAGUCGACGACGAGGUCAAGGCAGAAAUCAAAGGCAUCCUAUCCAUGGAGCAGCAGAUCCACGAGCUCAGAGAACUCGUCGUAGUCAAGCAGCGAAAAGUAUUGGACGGGCUUGGAAUCAGCCCUUCAACACCGGCCUUCAACUUGCAGACCUUUUAUCAAACAGCCAGGCUCGCCUCUUCUACUCUCCGGGGCACCAUGGAGCACUGGGUGGACUCCGUGCUCGGAUACUCGCCUGAUAAAAACCAUCCCCAUCGUCACCACCGCCAUCCCCACCGCUAUCCCCAGCACCGAGAAGAUGAUCUCGUUGUGAGCAUGCAAGUGGAUGGUGAGGGAGGCCAGCACUUUUUCUAUUACCGCGAUCGUAACAACUCUACCCGACUAACACCAGCUCAUUCCCGAAGACACGUCACCUACCUACCCCUAUUCGCAAUCAUCUUCACCUUCCACCUGGGCCUUUUCUUUGUCCUCCGAUCCAUCCGCCAGCGAAGCCACACGCGCCGGGCGAGAAAUCUCAGCAAUCGCCAACACCGCCACGAAGCUCGAGCCCAACGCCGCUGCCAAAGGCAAGCCCGCCGAACCGGAUUCAAGCAAAGCAUCCAUUAUUUCCUUUGUUCUUUCCGAGAUUUAUUCCGCACCAAACACAUCGAACUUAACGAAAAGACAAGCAUGUUGAUCAAUUCAAGGGAUGAGGAGGAUACCUCUAUGGAGGACGAGCUUGCGUCUUUCCAGGAGGCAGCUUCCGUUGUCAGUGACAUGGUGGCUGCCGAAGAGAGAAGGACGGCAAGGAGGGACCAGUCACUACCGCCGAGGAUCACUGAGGACGUGAGCCCUCCUGCUUAUGACGAAGUGAGGGACAUGUGUGAUGAGAAGAGACCCGAUGGGAAUUGAGUAAACCGUCAUGAAGAUGAAAGAGACUAUGGGUUAUCAGGAUUGGGAAGGAAAUGAAGCCGAAAAUGGCCAUUAAUACAUAAUAAUAAUUAUAGCAAAAGAGGAAAAAAAAAACCAUAAAUUCAUCAGGCCGUGGUGUCAUAUACAACUAACGGACAAAGAAACAGGCAAGCGUACCACCGACAAGAUCACGUUCAUAGAAAUUUAGCAUUUUUGUUUUUUUAAUAAGGAAU